CUGCCGGGAGGCAACAUGGCCGCCACCAAGCGGGUGCUCUACGUGGGCGGCCUGGCCGAGGAGGUGGACGAGAAGGUGCUGCACGCGGCCUUCAUCCCCUUCGGCGACAUCACCGACAUCCAGAUCCCGCUCGACUACGAGACCGAGAAGCACCGAGGAUUCGCCUUCAUCGAGUUCGAGCUUGCAGAGGAUGCCGCCGCAGCUAUCGACAACAUGAAUGAAUCUGAGCUCUUUGGCAGGACGAUCCGUGUGAACUUGGCCAAACCCAUGCGGAUUAAAGAAGGGUCAUCAAGGCCUGUCUGGUCGGAUGACGAGUGGCUGAAGAGGUUUUCAGGGAAGACUCUGGAAGAGAACACAGAGGAAGGGGCAGCAGCGGCCCCCAAACCAGAAACGCAGGAGGGUGAACCUCCUGCUAAGAAAGCCCGAGCCAACCCUCGGGUUUACAUGGACAUCAAGAUUGGCAACAAACCCGCCGGGCGGCUCCAGAUCCUCCUGCGCUCUGACGUGGUGCCCAUGACCGUGGAGAAUUUCCGCUGCCUUUGCACCCACGAGAAAGGCUUUGGCUUCAAAGGGAGCAGCUUCCACCGCAUCAUUCCCCAGUUCAUGUGUCAGGCUGGCGACUUCACCAACCACAACGGCACUGGAGGCAAAUCCAUCUACGGGAAGAAGUUUGACGACGAGAACUUCAUUCUGAAGCACACGGGGCCAGGACUGCUGUCCAUGGCCAACUCUGGCGCCAACACUAACGGCUCCCAGUUCUUUAUCACGUGCGACAAAACGGAUUGGCUCGACGGGAAGCACGUGGUGUUCGGCGAGGUGACGGACGGCAUGGACGUGGUGCGGGAGAUCGAGGCUCAGGGCACCAAGGAGGGGAAGCCGAAGCAGAAGGUGAUCAUCUCGGACUGCGGGGAGUGCCCGUGACCUCGGCGCCCGGAGCAGGCGGCCGUCCUGCUCGGGCCUGGAGGGGCUGGAGAACCGGCUGCAUCGGGAGGCCCCUGAGCUGCUCGUUCAGCCCAGAUGCAGUCACGGCCGGGGCACCGCUCGGCUCCGGGCUGCCCGUGGCCACAGGGCGGGCGCCUGUGUCGCGGGCAGAGUGGAAACCGUCUCGGAAAACGCUGUGCCCGAACCCGCGACAGCUCCGGGCUGGGCAGGACCAGUGCUCUGGUGGGUGUCGCAAAGACUUUCUACUUGCUGCAAAUAAAACUAGUUUUAAAAAUA